CCGAAAUAUCGGAGCCGCUCGGAGACUCCGCUCUCCCUCAUCCUUCGCCCAGCUGAUCCGCCACUCUCUCUCGAUCCAUCUCCCUCUCCCUCCCUCUUCAAACCCUAACCCUAAUUCCCGAGACGAAUCCCCUCGACACCAUCGGAAGCAGAUCUAAUCGAGAUUUGAUUGCGGCUUGGUGAAGAUUUGGCUCAAAUGGCCAUUGGGAGAGCAAUCCACCAGAUUUUCAGAAAGAAAGCGCAAUUCCAAUCAUGUGCCCCACUUUUGCUGCCAUCUGUUGUAUUUAAGCAGGAUCAUGAAAGAGUUGGAUCUGCUGGCAUGAACUUACUGAGGACGCUUGCUCUCCUUGGAGCAGGUGUUUCUGGUACAUUGAGCUUUGCUAGUGUUGCAUCUGCUGACGAAGCUGAGCAUGGACUUGAAUGCCCCAGCUAUCCUUGGCCACACAAGGGCAUUCUGAGCUCAUAUGACCAUUCAUCAAUACGGCGUGGUCAUCAAGUGUACCAGCAAGUUUGUGCUUCAUGCCAUUCAAUGUCUCUAAUUUCAUACCGAGAUCUUGUUGGGGUGGCAUACACAGAAGAGGAGACAAAGGCUAUGGCUGCUGAGAUAGAGGUGGUUGAUGGGCCAAAUGAUGAAGGAGAAAUGUUUACCCGUCCUGGUAAAUUAAGUGAUCGCUUCCCUCAGCCAUAUUCAAAUGAACAGGCAGCAAGAUUCGCCAAUGGAGGGGCAUAUCCUCCGGAUUUGAGUCUCAUCACUAAAGCACGGCACAAUGGUCAAAAUUAUGUUUUUGCGCUUCUUACAGGUUAUCGUGAUCCUCCUGCAGGGAUUACGAUCCGUGAGGGCCUUCACUACAAUCCUUACUUCCCUGGUGGUGCGAUUGCUAUGCCCAAGAUGCUUAUUGAUGGUGCAAUUGAGUAUGAAGAUGGCACCCCUGCUACUGAAUCACAGAUGGCAAAAGAUGUUGUAACAUUCCUAUCAUGGGCCGCAGAACCUGAAAUGGAAGAGCGAAAACUGAUGGGAUUCAAGUGGAUCUUUGUUCUGUCCCUCGCUCUACUUCAAGCUGCUUAUUAUCGACGGAUGAAAUGGUCAGUUUUGAAGUCGAGGAAGCUGAUUGUCGAUGUUGUCAACUGAUCAUAUCCUACCCUUUAUCUGUUCCUCUCACAAUUUCGUGCAUUGAAUGGUGAUGUUUUUAAUAAGUUAUUGUACUGUGAAUUACUUUGAAUUUCACAAUGAUUUGUUCUCAAUAUUAGUGAAGAGAGUGACAAGGUCAUUCUAUGUUAAGCAAUUGCUUUUGGGGAGAGGUAUCUCCUUCCGAGAGAUCCAUAUUUGUGGCUACAGCUACUAUUUCAGACAAUUUUGUUUCACUCGAACAUUUAAUGUGGGUAAUGUUUUAUUUUUCCUUAAUAAUUCAGUCUACUGUUUGAGAUCC